AUGGAAAGGCUAAAUGAAGAAGGGUACAAAACAUUAUUCUCAAGUGACUACACGAAUAUCAUAAUUGAAAUAAGAGAAUACCUCAGACUCGAAAGUCAUACAAUAACCGGUGAAGACUACAACAAGCUAAUGGAGCAUAACCAUAAAUUGGAAGACGACUAUCUAGAACUAGAUGACCACCGCUGUGGACUGGAUGAUGAUCGCGCUAGGUUGGAAGACGACAACCACAAACUUAAAUCUGAAAAUCUUAGGUUAAAAAUCGCUUUCAACAAAUUGGUAAAAAGGUUUAAAACACCAAUCCCAAUAACUCGCAGAACAAAAUACUGA